AUGGCUGUCUCCCUUGCCGACGUAGCGACAAUUAUGUCCCAGCUACAGAGCCUCCAGAAACAAGUCGAGAGCUACGACAGUGCUAUCGGCAAGUAUGACGGCAGUUACAUGAGCAUGCUCCCCAUUGCCACCGGCUCCUUCAAGAUGCAUCAGGCAGCAAGAGAGGCUAGAAAGGCGAUUGAGGAUUCAGAUACGAUUUCCGAAGCAGAUGCGUCGCAGUUGAUAGGCCAAGCAGAAGAUGUUGACCAAGCAAUUCAUCGUACACUGGACACUACAGCCUCUAAGGAUAAAAUCGCCGACGACAACGGAUUCAAGCAAGUAGGCGCAUUGAUGCUGACGCACUUCCAAAAUGAGCAGAGAGCCUUUCAUGAAGUUCUCAAUGGCAAACUCCCCAACUCUUCCCGGGAAAAAGUGAAAGGGACGAUGAAACAAGCCGCGGACAAGUUCGAUGUUGUCCUGAGACGGUAUGCUUGA